GUCAUGGGAAGUGGGUGGGCGGAGUCACGUCUCAGCCAAUCGCUUCCCCCCGGAAGUAGGUGGGGAAGUGCAGGUAGUGCCUGCUAGUCGGGUUGCCCUGGAGGCUGUUCUCGGCUUUGUAGCCGACCCAAGAUGACGGCACAGACACACAGCGGGAUUCGGCUGAGCGCGCUGUGUCCAAAAUUUUUGCAUACAAAUUCCACCAGUCAUACAUGGCCUUUCAGCGCAGUUGCUGAACUGAUAGAUAAUGCUUAUGAUCCUGAUGUGAAUGCUAAACAGAUAUGGAUUGAUAAGACUGUUAUAAAUGACAACAUAUGCUUGACAUUUACUGACAAUGGAAAUGGCAUGACUUCAGAAAAGUUACAUAAAAUGCUAAGUUUUGGCUUUAGUGAUAAAGUUUCAAUGAAUGGUCGUGUCCCAAUUGGAUUAUAUGGAAAUGGAUUCAAGUCAGGCUCAAUGCGCCUAGGUAAAGAUGCAAUUAUUUUUACCAAAAAUGGUGAAAGUAUGAGUGUGGGCUUAUUGUCACAGACCUACCUGGAAUCUACAAAAGCAGAACAUGUUGUUGUCCCAAUAGUAGCAUUCAACAAGGACCGACAGCUCUUUAAUUUAGCUGAGACAAAAGCCAGUCUUAGAGCAAUUCUGGAGCAUUCUUUAUUUUCUACGGAACAGAAAUUAUUGGCUGAACUUGAUGCUAUCAUUGGUAAAAAAGGAACAAGAAUCAUCAUUUGGAAUCUUAGGAGAGACAACAAUGGAAUAACAGAAUUUGAAUUUGAUAAAGAUAAAUAUGACAUUAGAAUUCCUGAAGAUUUAGAUGAAACAGGGAAAAAAGGAUACAAAAAACAAGAAAGAGUGGACCAAAUUGUUCCUGAAAGUGACUAUUCCCUGAGGGCUUAUUGCAGUAUACUAUAUUUAAAACCAAGAAUGCAGAUCAUUUUACGAGGACAGAAAGUGAAGACACAGUUGGUCUCCAAAAGUCUUGCUUACAUUGAGCGUGAUGUUUAUAGACCCAAAUUUUUAGCUGCUAAAACGGUAAGAAUUACCUUUGGAUUUAACUGCAGAAACAAAGAUCAUUAUGGGAUAAUGAUGUAUCACAAAAAUCGGCUCAUCAAAGCUUAUGAAAGAGUUGGUUGUCAGUUAAAGGCAAACAACAUGGGUGCUGGUGUAGUUGGAAUUAUAGAGUGUAACUUCCUAAAGCCAACUCACAAUAAACAAGAUUUUGAUUACACAAAUGAGUACAGGCUUACCAUAGCAGCACUGGGAGAAAAGCUUAAUGAUUACUGGAAUGAAAUGAAAGUGAAGAAAAAUGCAGAAUGUCCUCUGAAUUUGCUUGUUGAAGAUAUACAGAAACAGCCUGACCAGACAUGGGUUCAGUGUGAUUCCUGCCUAAAAUGGCGAAAACUACCAGAUGGAAUAGAUCAACUUCCUGAAAAAUGGUAUUGCUCUAUGAACCCUGACCCACAGUUCAGGAAUUGCCUUGUACCAGAAGAACCUGAAGAUGAUGAUUUGGUGCAUCCCACAUAUGAAAAAACCUACAAAAAAAAGUAA